AAGGAAUUGUCUUUGUCGCACUAGUGGCGUGGCUCGUUUAAGCCGGUAGUUGAGGCGCUGAGGGAAGCUGUAGUGGGAGUGUUCGAAGAUUCGUUUUGUUGAAGUUUGCUGCUAAAGAUGGCAGACCCAGAUGUCCUCACCGAGGUUCCUGCAGCAUUGAAGAGGCUAGCCAAGUACGUGAUCCGGGGGUUUUAUGGCAUUGAGCAUGCUUUGGCCUUGGACAUCUUGAUCCGGAACCCCUGUGUGAAAGAGGAGGAUAUGUUGGAGCUGCUCAAGUUUGAUCGGAAGCAACUUCGAUCAGUUUUGAAUAAUUUAAAGGGAGAUAAGUUCAUCAAAUGCAGAAUGAGGGUAGAGACUGCUGCAGAUGGGAAAACCACUCGCCAUAACUACUACUUUAUUAAUUAUCGUACUCUUGUUAACGUGGUAAAAUAUAAAUUGGACCACAUGAGAAGGAGGAUUGAAACUGAUGAGAGAGAUUCCACCAACCGGGCUUCCUUCAAAUGUCCUGUCUGUAGUAGUACUUUUACGGACUUAGAAGCUAAUCAGCUCUUUGAUCCUAUGACAGGAACUUUCCGCUGUACUUUUUGCCAUACAGAGGUAGAAGAAGAUGAAUCAGCAAUGCCCAAAAAAGAUGCACGCACACUUUUGGCAAGAUUUAAUGAACAAAUUGAGCCCAUUUAUGCUUUGCUUCGGGAAACAGAGGAUGUGAACUUAGCCUAUGAAAUACUUGAGCCAGAACCCACAGAAAUACCAGCCUUAAAACAAAGCAAGGACCGUGCAGCAACCACUGCUGGAGCUGCUGGCCUGGCAGGUGGGCACCACCGGGAAGCAUGGACCACCAAAGGUCCCUCCUAUGAGGACUUAUACACUCAGAAUGUUGUCAUUAACAUGGAUGACCAAGAAGAUCAUCGAGCCUCACUAGAGGGCAAAUCUGCCAAAGAGAGACCCAUUUGGUUGAGAGAGAGCACUGUCCAAGGAGCAUAUAAUUCUGAAGAGAUGAAGGAAGGUGGCAUAGAUAUAGAUGCGUUUCAGGAGCGUGAGGAGGGCCGUGCAGGGCCAGAUGAUAACGAGGAGGUCAUGCGAGCACUGCUCAUUCAUGAGAAGAAGACCCCCUCUGCCACAGCAGGCUCAGUGGGGGCGGCUGCUCCUGUCACUGCUGCCAAUGGCAGUGACUCGGAGAGUGAGACCAGUGAGUCAGACGAUGACUCCCCACCUCGACCAGCAGCUGUGGCAGUGCAUCAUCGGGACGAGGACGACGAGGAGGACGAUGAGUUUGAGGAAGUAGCAGAUGACCCCGUUGUUAUGGUGGCUGGCCGACCAUUCUCCUACAGUGAAGUGAGCCAGCGGCCAGAGCUAGUGGCCCAGAUGACACCAGAGGAGAAGGAAGCAUACAUAGCAAUGGGACAGCGCAUGUUUGAGGACCUCUUUGAGUGAGCUUUCCCUAUCUUUUCUUCCUUUCUCCAAUGCUAAUUUCAAAAAGAAAUUCCCUACCUUUGAAGAAAAGUGUUUAAGUGGUGUUCUGCCUUUCUUGAAGUAAAGAGCUCAAGAAUAAUGGGAGAGAAAGUUUGAUUUUUAUGCCAGAAGCUUCCCCAAAGGUAGGUUGGCUAUAAGCAUUUCCUUCCCUGUUAUUACUACAGUAUUAAUACCUUGCUGUAUUUCAAAUUUACCUAAUCUUUGCCCCAUUUUUCUCCCCUUCUGAAAUGAAUGCAGGCAGUCUUCCUGUCUGCCUGUAGAAGCCCACUAUGACAGGUUAUACGAAUUCACUGAUCACCUCCGUUUUGUUCUCACCAAGGAUUCCCAACAGUUCCUGGUAUUGCUGCCAAGAAGUUUGGCAACAGGCGAAUCAAUGAUGAGUGACAGAAAAAAAAAAAAUCUUAAAACUUCUUAUUGCCACACAGUUGAGGAUUGGAGUCAAUAUAUAAGACUCUGAUGAAAAUUUGUGUCUUUCGAGCUGACUUGACUGAUAGUGUGUUGUUUUGCUUCAUGCCUUUUGGUUUGGCUGUUGGAUGAUAGAAAACAGAACGUAUACUUGGUAAGCCCUUGUGAAAUUAGGAAAAAAAACAUGGAUGUAGGACGAGUUCCUGUACAGGGUUGGAGAGUGGAGAGCAUUGGGAACAGUGCCUUUUAGAAUUGCCUGAAUUUGUGCUGAUUUGGACAUCCUUUAUGGAAAGCUGAGACUGGUUCCCUUCUUUUUCCUAUCUUCUACAGUGGUAUAAAUUGUUGAAUGAGGCCAUUCCAGCAGAAAUCAGUAUAUAAAAAUUAUUACUCCUCUCUUUUUUUUCCUUUCUCAACAUCAUUGAAGGCCUUCUUUGUCUCUCUUUUGAUUCUUGUCCGACAUGGUGUUUUAGAAUGCAUCUAGUGCAUCAUUGAACAUUGUAACCUCAAGGAAUGUAGCUUACUUUUGGUUCUGAUGUAUAGCAUGGUAUUAUUCCCUAAGGCAGAACUUUAAAAAUAAAGAAUAUUCAUGCAAGGGUCUAUAGCAAUUGUAUUUUUUUUGUAAUAUUUUUCCUUGCAUUAUAAUUUUUAAGUAUUUAUCAUAUUAUAGUACACGUGUGAAGAUAGAUUUUAGAGUAUCUGAGCCUUGUAUGAAGUGAUGUUUCAUUUACUUGGGUUGUAUUAAUGAUUGAAUAUUGACAAUAAAUCUAUUUUAUACCGACCAAAA